UGGGGCAUGCUGCCCAUGCACAGCAGCGCGCAGUCUAUCUGGUCAUCCACCCCUGCUGAUAGGCUGGGGUCUGAUGCUCCGGAGGCGGCGCUGCUUGCUGCGGCGGCUGUGGCGGCCGACGUGGAGCCUCGGCGCGGCGACGGCGGUGGCCGCGACACCUCAGAUGCUGACCUGGAACUGGACUCCCUCAUGGCCACCCUCAUGUGCACCUGAGCUCUGCCCGUGAGACAGCGCUCCCCACCCUUUCAAUCCACCAUGGUCACAGCCCGCUAGCUCUGUCGUGGCCGGCACCCAACAUGCGGCGCUUCGAGUGCAGCUUUCUACAAUCAUAAUGGGUGUCUGAGCUGUGAUUUUUGCCGGUCGCAAGGAUGCUGGUGAAGUCAUUUGGGGAUCCCCUUGUCGCAUUCUAUGGACUCUUGCCAUGUCAUCGAGAUUGGGAGGCAUGAUUGUACCCACAAAUCUUGCAGCAAGGGCGCAUGGCUACGGCGGAGCAGGAAUUAGGGUGCAAGAAGACAGAUUUCAAUGCAAUAAUGUCAGACAACGCCAUGGAGUGCUGUGUGCACAAUGAUGAGGAUGUGCAUUUGACAGCAGGGUGUGCGCGGGGUAUUGCCCCUCAUGAGGCUGUUUGGGGACAAAGUGGGGAGCAUUUUGAAGCAGGUGGCCUGAUGAGGGUAUUUAGGGGGAUAAAAGAAGGAUCCCUUACUAGGAGAACAUGAGAUUGCUAGCAUCCGUAUGCCCUAGACUGCAGCUGCAGCACAGCUGUUGUCAGGGCCUGUACCAGUAAUUGUGCUCUUGAGGGGGGCCUGCUGCUAGCAUCAGAAACUUAGGCCAUAGAGGGCGCGUCAGACAAGUCAAGUGUCAUGUCUUUAGCCAAUUUAUCAGUGUGCUGCUCAGGGCAUUGUAUUCCAGGACCUUUGAAGCGCAAGCUUGCAUGGAAUAAUUUUAACUUUUCAUGUGAUCACAGAAACUAGUGUCUUACUCACAAUCAGUAUUUGAGGGAAUAGUCUUGUCAUG